GUCAAUGUCAAAAUAAUCGAAAGUCUAUUUUCCAUCAAUUACUUAUUUCAUUUUACAUAAAUACAACGAAAAUGACCGCUGGGGACACGAAAGUGCCAGGAGAAGAUAAUGCUUUCAAGGCAUUUAUGAGCGCACUUUAUAAAACGGUUGAUGCACCGGUAACAUGGUUCCGAGAGUCGAUCGUGGAGCCCAACCAGCAGAAGUACCCGUGGUACCACCAGAAGUAUCGCCGGGUACCGACUAUCGACGAGUGCUACACAGACGAUGUAGUGUGUGACUUCGAGGCGAACGCGCAGUUCAAACGUGAUAGAGCUGUAGACUCUGAAAUCCUGUCCAUCCUCCGCCAGCGUUAUGAAGACUGUAUGCUGUAUGAGGCUCCAGACCACCUGACCGUUUGCAAAUCUCUGUGGGACAAGUACAAGGAUGCUGAGGAGGCCUGGUUUAUUAAAUAUGGCGACCUUGGAGGAUAUGCGGAUGCCAGGAAAUGUUACAUGAAACAAAAACAUCGUAUGAUUUGGGAGAAGCGCAAUGGUCCCCUGUCAGACCAAACUAAGUAAAUGAAAUUAUCAGCGUUUCUGAUUAGUUUCCUGUACAUGUUAUAAUGUAAUAUAGACAUUGGUCCGGUAUAAUAAAUCAAAGUUUAGUAUUUA